UUUGCCUCAGAAGGCGAAAUAGGUCAAAUGGCCACACCCUUUUUUACGCGAAUACUCCCCCCCCCCAUUUUUGCAUCUCCAUAACCGUUGGACAUAGAAGGUGGUGUGACCACUCAAAAUGUCCGGAAUGGCCAUAUUAUAGGGGGUCAAUGAUACAUAUGUAUUUAAAAAAGUCAAUGGUUCUCAAGAUAUUUGCCAAAAACUGAUUUUAGAAUGAAAACUCCACUAUUUUCUCCUUGGUAAAGUAUGAUAUUCCUGCUGGCAGAUAUACCCGAAUGUCCAACAAAUAUUGGUAUAAAACCCAAAGGACUAAAUAUGUUUGUAAUGCUGCUCGUUUUAAUGUUGUGUACAUUGGUUUGAUUAUAUACAAAAAAGACAAACUAUAAGUGAGCAUUCUCUAAACAUGAUAUGGAAUGGGGGAAUUGGAUAUAUGGGAGGUACUCUCAAUACACCCCAAUGGGGGAUUUGGAUAUAUGGGAGGUACUCUCAAUACACCCCAAUGGGGAAUUGGAUAUAUGGGAGUUACUCUCAAUAUACCCCAAUAUAUGGGAGGUACUCUCAAUACACCCAUAUGGCAGUAUGGGGGAUUUGGAUAUAUGGGAGGUACUCUCAAUACACCCCAAUGGGGAUUUGGAUUUAUGGGAGGUACUCUCAAUACACCCAAUGGGGGAUUUGGAUAUAUGGGAGGUACUCUCAAUACACCCCAAUGGGGAUUUGGAUUUAUGGGAGGUACUCUCAAUACACC